AUGCGUGGGAAGUUGUCAAAAGAAGCAUUAGGUGGAGGGAACUUGCACCACAUGAAGAAAUUGCUAAUCCGCCAAAAAAGAAACCAAACAUCUUCGUAUUCGAGCUCACAAAAAGUGUCAUCGGAUGGUCACGUAGGCGUUAAUCUUAAUGAUGACAACGAUGACAUCGAAGAAAUACACUCGCCUCCUCCUCCGAUGGGAAGGGACAAAAAAAAGCUCGAGCAAGAGGAAAAGGGAAAGCGAAAUCUUCAAAUUCGUCGGUCGGAACCGAACGGUCAACUAGAUCGGAGGAAAUGA